GAUGAUAGGUGAGGGAUGAAAUAGAACACCUUCUAGACGACAAUGAAGAUAUGGCCCAACUGUACUUAACACGGAAGUGGAUACAGAAUCAACAAAACGAGGCUCUGGCAAAUGCUGCUGCUGCUGCAUCAAAUAGCAUUGUUCCUGCUUUAGGUCAUUUCCGUCGAGUCAGCUCUACCAGAAGUGGUAGUGUGCUUAGCAAUUAUUUAAAUGACCAAGAUGUGGAAGACCUUGAAAUGUUGCUUGAAGCUUACUUCAUGCAACUCGAUGGCACCCGUAACAAGAUACUCUCUGUACGUGAGUAUAUCGAUGACACGGAGGAUUACGUCAACAUCCAGCUCGACAAUCAGCGAAACGAGCUCAUCCAACUGCAGUUGACUUUGACCAUAGCUUCGUUUGCAGUAGCAGUAGAAACUGCUCUUGCUGGUAUAUUCGGCAUGAACAUUCCUUGCACACUGUACAACACUAACGGUAUUUUCGGUGAAGUUGUCGGAAUUAUGACAGCUUUUUCUGUGGUGCUAUUCUUUCUCGUUUUCGCGUAUGCCAGAUGGAAGAAGCUUCUUGGCUCUUGAAAAGUUCUUGUCGAUUAUUAUUUCAAAAAAAAAAAGAAUAAAAAAAGGGGAGACGUAAAUUAUUAAAUACCCUGUUGAUGAACUAUUAUGUAUUUAUUUCCAGUUAUUGGAAAAUUAUCAACAGUUUAAUGUAGUUUAGUAGUUAGUUGGUCCAUGUGAGAUUAUCACGGAUUUAACUAUUUUCAAAUCUGACUUUUUCUCUAUGUUUUCCUU